GUGACGCUCCCCGCUGCCAUUGUCUCAUCCCAGAAAUUAUUUUCUCCGCUUUCAGGAGUUUGCAGCACCCUCAAGUGCAGAUUCUGAGAGCUUGGCCGAUUUAUCUUCUUCCUCAAGCCGAACAAAUAGUGGUUGCUACAUCUCUGAGGAAGAUCUCGGGAUCUGGAAUACAGGAGAAUCCUCAGUGAGGCUCAGCCGCACCCGGAGCGAUGGGGAGUGACUACAAGAGGAUUAUUCUGCUGAAGGGACUGGAGGCCAUCAACGAGUACCAGUUCAGCAUCGUCAAGUCCCUGCUGGCCCGCGAUCUGGGACUCACCGCCAACAUGCAAGAAGAGUAUAACAAGGUCAGGAUUGCUGACCUGAUGGAAAAGAAGUUCCCAGGACCUGCCUGCGUGGACAAGCUAAUAGACCUAUUCAAGGACAUGCCACCACUUAAGGACAUUGUUAAGCAACUCAGAAAUGAGAAGAUGAAAGUCGCAAAGAAAACGAAAACAGAAGAAACUCCCAAGAAGAAGAAGCAGCAGCAGGGCGGAGCGGGCGCCGAGCCAGCCGCCGCCGCCACCACCACCACGAGCAGCAGCGCUCUGAUGGGCGGGACCCAGGAGGCGACCGCCGCGGCCCAGAAAAGAAAAACUGCCGCCAGAGGGACGGCCGCGAGCAAAAAGAAUAAGGUGGCCCCGCCGCAGACUGGGCCGGCCUGCGGUCUGGGGGGCAGCAUGUCCGCAGCAGCCGCCUGGCUUCCACCGCCCCCGGCCCCCGCGGCCGCUCCGGUCUUCCCCGCGCUUCCCCAGAGCCAGACGGUGAAGGCCCCACAUCAGGCUGCUCCUAGAGGACGUGUCCUUCAGCAGGGCCCCCUGACGGUCCUGGUACUGAAGGCAAUGGAGCCAUUUGAAUACGAGUCCCCGGAAGAGGGCAAAACCAGAAUGUUUCAUGCUACGGUGGCCACUCCCACUCAGUUUUUCCAUGUGAAGGUUUUGAACAGCAGCCUGAAGGAGAAAUUCACAAAAGAGAAUAUCAUUACUAUAUUAGAUUACUACGAGUGCAGAGGAAUCCUGGAGAUCAACAAAACCUCAUCCGUGUACCAAGCGGACCCUUCCCAGUUGAUCGUGGUCCCAAACAGCAUCAUCAAAAGAGCAAGUGAAACCCCCAAGAUCGAUAAUCUUUAUAAGCAAGCAUCAGGAACAUUUGUGUAUGGAUUAUUUCUGCUGCAUGAGAAAAAAGUGAAUCGGAAGACGACAGUGUACGAGAUCCAGGAUAACACAGGAACGAUGGAGGUCGUGGGGACCGAGAGGUGGCACGACAUCAAGUGUGAGAGAGGAGACAAGCUUCGACUCUUCUGCUUCCAGCUGAAGAUGAUGGAUCAGAAGCUGAAACUCACGUGUGGGACUCACAGCUUCAUCCAGGUCGUCAAGGCUAAGAAAAGCAAGAAGGAUCCAGUCAAUUUUGGUGUAAAGGUGGAAUUUGAUAUGAUGAACUCGCCUCUGGAUCAGUUCAUGGGUUUUAACAGUGGUCUGGUCAAGACUGAGGAUUUCUAUUAAAGAGAGAUGCAGCAGGAGUAGCCCAGCACAUUAAGGGCUUUUUAUAUCUGCGUUGUAGAUUAUAUUUCUUUAUUUUCAUAAAAUUUACUUAUAUUUUUCUGUAUUUUCUAAGAAUAUUACAUUUCGUAUCUAACACAGUUAUAGUGUAAAAAAAAAUAAAACUUCCUUUUACAACGGG